GAGAAAACAUGCAGGUGCGCUCUAAAAAGCCCGUUUGGUUCCUGUUCAAGUUGAUGGAGCUGCUGCUCAGCCUGGGAUGCUGCAUCGUCCACUGGGGCUGCUUCAAGGAGGAAGGUGUUCCGCACAUUUUCCUGCUUUGUGGAACUUACGGCGGGUCAGUUUGUAUCGGCAUUAUAUCCCUGAUUGGAGUCUUCUAUGCAGAGCGACCGACGAUGAAGCACGAAGCCAUUUAUGGUGGGAUCCUGGGAGGUCUGCACAUGUUCACCGUUUAUGCCCACAUGUACAUGGCCACUUUGGAGGAGUUCCGGACUGAGAAAUGGCCCGCGUUUUAUAUGUGCUGCAGGGAUAAUGCCAUUAUAGCUCUCUAUGCUGGUGCCAUUUACCUGCUGCACUGCACCUUCGCUCUGGAUUUGAUGCUCUCCCACAAGCGAAGGAAGCAUCCGCAGAGGAGCAAGCGACCACUCCAGCUCUACUUUAUCAGCCGAGGGGCGGAGGCCUAUCUCAGUCGCUUCUGGUGGUUCCAGCGCAUCUCCGCCAGAAUGCUGACCAGCACCCAGACAUCGGAGCACUCAAGCCGAAAGCGACAUGUUUCCUCCUCCUCCGAAUCGGACUCGGAAGCCAAGGAAAAGUCGGAGAAUUUAAAGGAGAGGGAAAAGGAUUUAUAA